AUGUCCGAGGACGCCACCGCCGAGGCCAUCCAGGAAGAGGUGUACGAAGCCGGCAAGCGUCACUUCGCCAAGGAAGAGCUGCGCCAGUGGUUCAAGACGCUUUACGAAGUCCUGCUCGGCAGCGAGCAGGGCCCACGCAUGGGCGCCUUCAUCAAGCUCUACGGUCGCGACAAUGUCGUGAAGCUGAUCGAACGCGCGCUGGCCGGCGAGGAUCUGGGCAAGGCAGCGUAG